GCUGCAGAGCUGCACCUCGGACAGGAGGGAAGCACUUGGACCAGCACUGAGCAGCGGGACAGCGUGAGUUGCCUGUUUUUCUUUCGGAAGAACUACUUCGGGAUUGCGGCGCAAGCCUUAAAACCUGUGAGCGCGGAGGACGACUUGUCGGCUCAGCAUGACAUCUCUGAUGAACUCUGCGUGCCUCUUCUUCUUGCCUGUUGCUCUGCUACUAAUGCAGAGCCCGUGCCCUGUUGCUGCCUCGUCAGCCAGAAGGUGUCACUCCAUCUAUAAGGGUUUCGCUCAGUGUCUGAUGGCUCUGGGCGACAGUCUCACGGAUAGCGCCCGAAAGAAUGAAGACACACAUGAGAUACACUCCAUCUGCAGGUCGUGGGAUGAGUUCCAUGACUGUGCCAACGUGGCGAUGGCCGGCUGUCCGGAUGAAGCAGCAGCUGUCUGGGAAUCUCUCCGUCAGGAAUCCAAGAAGAUGCAGUUCUCCGGAAACCUCUACGACAUGUGCUCCAACCGCAACAACUACCCAGUGGCCUCAGUCUCCCCGCACGGCUCUCCCAACCAGGAAGAGAUCAGCCAGGAGUCUCUAAGAGGGUGUGCUGACCAUCUGGCAGGCUGCCUCCACCUUCUCAUGCUCCUGUCUCCUCUGCUGCUGCUGUGGUUUUGGAUAUAGCUACCCCCAAAGAAACGGGACUGGUGUGAAUAGAUAUAAACUUUUGUGUAUUUUUUCUUCCCCAAGUCCAUAGACGUUCCGAUGUUUUUUUUCUCCCCGUCUGCUCUGCCAGGGGUUGAAUAUCAUGCAUAUUCUCUGCAUUUUAAUUAGUCUCUCUGUUAGAAACGCACAAAAUUCAUACAGAGAUGAUCAAUCACUGUACAAACAGACCUGCAAACACAUACAUAGUUAAACAGAUACAUACAGCAGUCUCAUGCCAUCUGUCUUUAUCCCCUUUCUCCCUAUGUCUAGUUAGUAUGAGCUUGUUUAUGAUCGUUCCAGGUAGAGUUAAGCUUCCUGAGAGUAGUAAGAGAGACAUAAUAAUAAAUAAUAACGUCCUUCUUGAUAAAGUGAUGAGGAGGCCAGAUGCCACGACCAGCUUAACUCAUACUUUUAUCAGCUUUAUAGUAUGAAGCAUUUGAUAGUUAUGUAAACCUAACAAACCUGGCUUGCUC